UUACAGAGGAGCCAGGGAGGGAACUGAAAGAAGCAGCAACCAGUGCUUAGGUUCCUGCUUGCAUCAGUUACAAGCCCUGUUGUGCCACCUCCUCUUACCCCCGCCCCCCCCCCCCCCAGUAGCUGUGAACAUCACCGCCUCCUUAUCCAGCCCACGACUGAGGAUGGAUGAGGAGCUAUACUCGAGGCAGCUGUAUGUACUGGGCCUGCCUGCUAUGCAGAGGAUUCGGGGAGUCAAUGUCUUGCUAUCUGGCCUGCAGGGCCUAGGAGCUGAGGUGGCCAAGAACCUGGUCCUUAUGGGUGUAGGCAGCCUCACCCUGCACGAUCCCCAGUCCACCUGCUGGGCUGACCUGGCUGCUCAGUUUUUCCUCUCAGAAGAGAGCUUGGGAAGGAGCAGGGCCGAGGCCUCUCAAGCACAAUUGGCUCAGCUCAAUGAAGCUGUCCAGAUCUCCGUCCACACAGGUGACAUCACUGACGACCUGCUGCGGGCUUUUCAGGUAGUGGUGCUGACCGACUCCCAGCUAGAGGAGCAGCUGAAGGUGGGAACCUUCUGCCACGAGCAUGGAAUCUGCUUUCUGGUGGCUGAAACCCGGGGCCUUGUGGGGCGGUUGUUUUGUGACUUUGGUGAGGACUUCACCGUUGAGGACCCUACAGAGGUAGAACCCAUGACAGCUGCCAUCCAGGACAUCUCCCAGGGGUUGCCCGGCAUUGUCACUCUGAGACAAGACACCAAAAGACAGUUCUUCUAUGACGGGGACUUGGUGAUUUUCUCAGGCAUUGAAGGCAUGGUUGAACUCAACGGUGGUUCUCCUCAGCCUGUCCGUGUGCAGAAAGACGGGUCCUUGGAGAUUGGAGACACGACAGCUUUCUCCCCUUACUUGCGUGGUGGGGUUGUCACUGAAGUCAAGAGACCCAAGACUGUGAGGCAUAAGUCCCUGGACAAAGCUCUGCUUCACCCCCGUGUGGUGGCCCAGAAUACUCAGGAAGUCCAACGUGCUCACUGCCUGCAUCAGGCCUUUCAUGCACUGCACGAGUUCCAGAAACUUCAUGGCCGGCUACCCAAGCCCUGGGAUCCUGUUGAUGCAGAGACCGUGGUGCAUCUGGCCCGGGACCUAGAGCCACUAAAAGGGACAAAAGAAGAAUCGCUGGAUGAGGCUUUACUUCGGACAAUUGCCCUGACUAGUGCUGGCAGCUUGAGCCCCAUGGCAGCCAUUCUGGGGGGAGUGGCUGCCCAGGAAGUCCUGAAGGCAGUCUCCGGGAAGUUCAUGCCCCUGGACCAGUGGCUGUACUUUGAUGCCCUUGAAUGUCUUCCGGAAGAUGAGGAGCUCCUUCCCAAUCCUGAGGACUGUCAUCCGAGAAACUGCCGAUACGAUGGGCAGAUUGCUGUGUUUGGGGCUGGUUUUCAGGAGAAAUUGAGCUACCAACAUUACCUCUUGCAGGUGGGUGCUGGAGCCAUUGGCUGUGAGAUGCUUAAAGGUUUUGCCCUAAUGGGCCUGGGAGUCAGCGUUAAUGGAGGUGUGACUGUUGCCGACAUGGACCACAUAGAACGCUCCAACCUCAGCAGGCAGUUCCUCUUUAGGCCCCAGAACAUUGGGAGCCCCAAGGCGGUGGUGGCUGCAAGAGAAGCCCAAUGUCUAAACCCAGACCUACAAGUGACCUCGUGUACCUACCCUUUGGAUUCCACCACAGAGCACAUCUAUGGUGACGACUUCUUCUCCAGAGUGGAUGGUGUUGUUGCUGCUUUAGACAGCUUCGAGGCCCGGCACUAUGUUGCUGCUCGCUGUACCCACUAUCUGAAACCACUGCUGGAGGCAGGCACACAGGGAACCCGGGGGAGUGCUUCUGUGUUUGUGCCGCAUGUGACCGAAACCUACAACGGUCCUGCCUCGGCUGCAGCUUCUGAAACUGCUUCCUACCCUCUGUGCACUCUGCGGUACUUCCCCAGCACAACGGAGCACAUCCUGCAGUGGGCCCGGGAUGAAUUUGAGGGACUCUUCAGACUAUCUGCAGAGACUAUCAACGGCUACCAACAGACAUGCACUUCCCUGUCGGGCAUAGAUAGGACACAAACACCAGCCUUACUGCAGCAAGUGAUGGGUGUCCUAAAAAUGCGCCCACAGGUUUGGCAAGACUGUGUGGUGUGGGCUCUAGGCCACUGGCAACUAUGCUUCCAUGAUGGCAUCGUAGAGCUGCUGAGACUCUUCCCAUCUGAUAAAGCGCUCGAGGAUGGAACUCUGUUCUGGUCAGGAUCCAAAAGAUGUCCACAGCCCUUGCAAUUUGACCCCAGCCACGACAUGCAUUUCCUCUAUGUGCUGGCUGCUGCCAAUCUGUAUGCACAAAUGCAUGGACUUCCUGGCUCACGAGACGAGACUUCAUUCAGGGAACUACUGGAGCUGCUGCCAAAGCCUGAGUCCAUGCACCCAGACCUCAUCUCUGAUGGUACCUUUGCUCCUGCUGAGUUUGCCCCGGGACAGUUGAAGGAACUGCAGGAACGUCUGGAAGACUGGAUCAAGGGCCCUCCGUUGAAGCCUGUGCUGUUUGAGAAGGAUGAUGACAGCAACUUCCAUAUGGACUUUGUGGUAGCAGCAACUGAUCUGAGAGCUCAGAACUAUGGGAUCCUACCACUCAACCAUGCUCAGAUCAAGCAAACCGUGGGCCAGAUUAUCCCAGCCAUUGCCACCAGUACAGCAGUUGUAGCAGGCUUAUUGGGCCUGGAGCUGUAUAAGGUGGUAAGUGGGCCACGGCCCCUUGAUACCUUUCGUCAAAGUUCUCUGCACCUGGCUGAAAACAACUUCAUACGAGCAGUGCCUUCUGCCCCAGCCAUCCAGUCGUUCCAUCACCUGACGUGGACCCGUUGGGACCGCCUGAAGGUGCCUGCUGGGCAGCCUGAGAGGACACUGGCAUCACUGCUGGCCCAUCUCCAGAAAGAACACGGACUGAAGGUGAAGAUGCUGCUGUAUGGCCAGGCCGUACUCUAUUCUGCACGAUGGUCUUUGGAAAAGCGGACUCAGUGCCUGUGCCUCAGGGUGACAGAAUGGGUUCAGCAAGUGACCGGCAGGGAGCCUGAGCCUGGGCUGAGGGUCCUGGUGUUGGAGCUGAGCUGUGAGGGUGAGGAGGACGAAACUGCCUUCCCACCUCUGCACUAUGAGCUGUGGCAUGGGUGACUGCCACCACGCCGUCACUCGGCCAUAACAAACAAGACACACGAUGCCUGUAUCUCGAGCCUACAGCAGACAGCGCAACAAUAAAAACUUGUUGAAGGAA